AUGAGAACUAUCGUCGAGGCUGCAAGAACAGUCAUCCAUGCUCGAAGACUGUAUGAAAAUUUGAGGGGAGAAGCGAUAAAUGAUGUUGUGUUCACAAUUAAUAAUACUGGCACAAGUACAGUGAAGAUAAAACUCCUGCUGACCUAUGAUUUGGUACCUACUUCUGAUGAUAAGUCUAGCCCUCAAGAAGAUAGUGAUAAAUAUGAUCUAGAAUCAAGAAAAGACUUUGAUAGAACUUCAGAAAAAGAAAGAGAACUGAGACUGCUUCGUAAAGCAAAAAAAAUGAAAGACAAUAGCUUUAGACGAACACUUGAAAGCAUCCUUCCAGCAAAAAAUAGCGAAAGUUAUAGGAGAUUAUUGGAAGACUUGGUAAACAACCCUGAAGAAAAAUCCAAAUUGUUAAGAAAAGAAGCAGAGGAAGUUGUAGUUCCUGAAAGGCGUGUAGCAAUUGAUUCAGAUGAAGAUAGUGACUCUCAGGUAGAAGAAAUAGAAGUUAUAAUUGAGCGUCUUUCCGAUGACUACAAUGAAAACGACAACAGUACUUCGAAAAAAACACUACUUGCAGAAGAAUCCAAGUCAUCCAAUUCAGAAAGCCCGCCUGUAGAGCUUCAAGAAAAAUCAAUCUCGGCUGUACCGAUUGAAAAAAACGAGCGAGACCAAUCUUCACAAAAUAGAAAUGACGGUGAGGAUAUGAAAGAACGAACGGGACAGGGUUCUACAAGUAGUGCAGAGCAACUGGAUGAGCAUGCAUUUUUAGAACCUUACCCGAUUAGUCGCAUCAAUGAAGUAGUGAUUCCUCACUUUAGAACUACGUUAACUAGAAGUAGAGUGAUAGUCCGUCCUGCUGUUUACACCGUGCAAACAUCUUCACCGCUUGUUGACCGUGUAACAACUCGAAGUUUACUAUCAAACAGACGAUUAUUACCUGAUAUUUAUGCCAGACUCACAAAUAAUAAGAUCGGACAUCCUAAUCAAGAUUUGAAAUUAAUAGAAGAUUACAACGAUUACAAUGCAAAUGCCUAUUCAUAUGCGCCUACGCACGUUCUUGCUCGGCAAAUGGAUAAAAAUGGAGAAGCUUUAUCACAAUUGAUUGAGGGCUCUUUAAAACCACAAUUAGGGCUCUUAAACCCCUACAGGGAGAGUCUGCAUCCCGCAGCACUUUACUCUCAACCUCAACGUUAUUUGUCUGAUGGCUACAGACCGCUAUUUAGAAUCAGUCGCUGA